ACAAACUCAACACAUUCUUAAUUUUUUUCUCUCUCUCACUUACUCUUUCUACUACUAUGGAACUUGCUCGAAAGGACCGACAUGCAAUGAUAGCAGAAGAUGGGUUACAAAAGCACAACAGAAACACUUCCAUGUCAAGUUCCAAUCGUCCUUAUCCAAAUAACUCCAACCUCUCUUCUUUCUAUACCCAAAAUAGUUCUUACAUCUACUACGGUCCACAAGUACGUACCGUCAAAGAGUCCAUAACAUCUUCCACCUGUGCGACUUUUUUGGUCUAUCAAUGUUCAACGAGCUAGUUCAGUCCAUGUAAAAUAGCCGGUAAUGCAUGCAACUACAAAAUAUGUAUGUUUCUUCUCUCUUGCCCAAACCAAACGCAAGGAAUAAGCUUCAACGUUCUAGUUAUGCUGAAUUUUCGUAGUUUAAGACUUUGAAGGAUGAAGUUAGUAUUGUAUAUGGCUAAAGAUGAGAGGCUCUUUUGCAGUUUUUAUGUUUUCUUCAAUUUAGAUAUGGUGUGAGCGGAUGCAGACCGGUUCAAACUUUACUCUCUUGAGAGUUUUGUUGUAAUAAUUUCAUGAAUUUGUGUCUGUUUGUAGCAUGUAAAAAGUACGUAUAUAUAUGUAACCUGAUCUUUAUGUACUGUAUUUAUGUUUUAUACU